AUGCAGCAAAAACGCAAGAUCCUCGUAAUCGGCUCACCUCGCGACGUCAUACCUGACAAAGUAUGGGCAGAAUUCAGCUCACGGUAUGAAACUCUAAUGUACGACUAUCCAAAAGUACAAGACUUCUACCAGUCCAUGACUUCCGGCACCUGCAAGAGCAUUGACGGAAUCAUGCGAAUCGGCAUUAACACUCCGCCCGACAACGAGAAAUUGGGCAUGGGCUGGACUAGACGGGCUCUGCCAUAUCUUCCAUCAACUCUCAAGAUGAUUGUCAACUUCGGACAUGGUUUCGACGAAGAAGAUGUUUCGGGACUCAAUGCCCGUGGCAUAGACUUUUUCAACACCACAGGCGGAAGCGAGGCGACGGCCGUGGUCGCGGUCUAUCUCAUCAUCUCAGUAUUCCGUCAGCUAAAUCGCUACGAGCGAAUGCUCCGCGACGAGCAGUUCUGGCCAGCCUUGAGGCACUCGUCUCAGAACGCAGUCGAUCCCUUUGGAAAGAAAAUUGGCAUUAUUGGCAUGGGUUCCAUCGGCCAGACCGUCGCGAGACAGGCAGCUGCUCUCGGGAUGGAGGUUCACUGUAUUGAUAGGCCCAAUCUUCGGAGAACUUUGGAAGUAAUAAAACAUGAGAACGAUCACGUCAAGGGGCUUUUGCCACCGAUACUGUUUCACAAGGAUCUUGUGGGCCUCGUCGCUUCCGUGGACUGCUUGGUUUUGGCAUGCUCUUACUCUCCAACGACACAUCAUCUUUUGUCGAAGGAUGUCUUCUCCGGGAUGAAGAAAGGAAUUCGAAUCGUCAAUGUGGCCAGGGGUCGUUGUAUAGAUGAGGAAGCACUGUGUGAUGCCAUCGACAGCGGCACUGUCGCAGCGGCUGGGCUGGAUGUUCACUACAACGAACCAAACGUAAACCCAAGAUUACUGAAUCACGACUGCGUGACACUUUUACCUCAUCUCGGAGGACUCACCCACGAUUCAAUGAAGAACCAUGCGUUGAUGGCCUUGAAGUCAGUAGAUGACUUCUUUGCCUGUUCGGAUUUGACGUAA